AUGGGUUCUUCUUCGAAGCUGAGGAAUUCAUGCUCAUUCCCAAACCUCCUACUCUCCUUCCUCAACUUCAUCCUCUUCAUCCUCUCUUCAGCUUCUGUAAUCCCCAUCAUCUUACUCCGAAACCCACCGACCUCGCUGGGCUUCGCCUUCCUCCUCGUCUCCGCAAUCUCCCUUCUCUCCUCCUUCAUCGCCUUCUACUCCCACCUCACUCGCUUCUGCUUCAUAACCCACGUCUCCCUCCUCCUCGCCUCCUCCCUGGCGCAAAUCCUCGCGGUCCUGGCGCUCUUCACCAAGGAGAAACCCAGCCUCGCCAUGCUAAAGUCGCCCAGGGACGCCCGCGAGGCGAAGCUGCUCAUAAGGUUGGAGUGCGGGGCGAUGAUGGCGAUGCUGGUCUUGCAGUUAGUGGUGUCGGCGGCCACGUGUCUGGUGCACAGCUGUUGGGUGAGGGAUUUCGAGGAUUUGGAGGCGGAGAGGGAGGCCUGGGCGAGGAAGAGGAGCCGCAGGAUUGCUCAGGUGCAGGAGGAAGCCAUGGCUAAUGCUGUGAAGAUUGCAGAGGUUAAAGGCAGAGACUUUGAUGAGAAGAUGGUGAAGGGCAAGUAUGUUCAGUGGGUUAAAACAGAUUUUGAAGGAUAGAUAGAUGGACAAAAUAAGCAAUCUUAAAUCUCAAGCCGAUUAUUUUAUCGAUUAAAGAUGUUUACAAUUUAUGGCAGAAGAUUAGUUACUUCCUGGGUAAAAAAAGAAAAGAAAAAAGGGAUUCGAGUUUUUUGAGUAACAGUGUAAAGCUUGUUUUACAGCUUGUUUGGGUAAAGGAGAUUGUGGAUCCGUGUAUGUAUCAGUCUGUGCCUAUGAGUUAAUUGAUGAUAUUAUAUAUUCUGUCAGUCUGUC